AUGUUUUUGAAAGGAACAUUCCUUCAGGUCACAGAACCAGAACCCUCCGUGUCUGUUGUCUCUGAAGUCCAACCAGGACCGCCUGUGAAGUUGCAGUGCUCAGUCCUCUCCCACUCUGGGAAUGAAACCUGUCAGGAUGGACCCAAAGUGUCCUGGUUCAGAACUGGACCAGAAAGUGUCCAUCCCAGCUUUGUUUACACUCAUGACGAAUGCAAGAAGAUCAAAGAUAAUUCCACACAGAAAUGUGUCCACACUUUCUCAAAGAACGUCAACUUCUCUGAUGCUGAAACUUACUUGUGUGCUGUGGUCACAUGUGGGAGGAUUUUCAUGGGAAAUCCAAUAAAAGUCAACAACACACAAGAUUCCAGCAACUGUGAUUCAAACAAGUAUGUUAUCUUUAUUUUGAGUGCUUCUUUGGUCUUAAACUUCAUCAUGUCAGCCUUCGUCAUCAACAAGAUCAGGACAAAAAUUAGUUUUUGCUGUAAAGCUGGUCCACAAACACUCGAUGAAACGUUCAGUCACGUCCAGCAGAGAGACGAGGAGUCUUUGGUUUAUUCCAUGCCAUCGUCUCCAGGAAAACUGACAAGGCGAGCCAGACAAAUACGAGGGCAGCAGAAGAAUUCAGCACGUACACUGACGUGUGUCAUCAUGACUCAAUCCUUACCACACAACAUUAAAAUGUGUUCUGAUACACAUUCUGUUAAUAAUACACAUUCUUAUACUUUUUUCCCUGUAAGAACAUGAAAAUGGAGACACAGAGAUGAGGUAGGAAUAAAUAAGCUCUGCUUCAUCCUGCUCCUUUUCGGACAUGUUGAUUUUAUGUGAGUGUAAAUGUGAUGUUCUUCAAUGUAACUUGUUUAAAUAAAUAUUCCCAAUACUGCAAAGAGGCUUUGGAAAUGAUCUUAAACGUUUUAUUAACCUCUUUAGGCCACUAAUUGAAAUACUUGGAAAUGUAAAUGAUCAAGACAAUGCUUUUUUUUUUUCAUUUUUAUAAAAACAUUAUUGUU